AUGUCGUUCGUACUCGGACCUAUCUCAGGUGCCCUUGUCGCAGGCGGCAUAUACUAUAGCUUUUCGAGCUUGAUCAAUGCCAGAACGGAACAGCACCGUAGAGACUUGCAUACCCUUUCUCGGCGCCUGCUCGAGCCACCUUCCUCACAUCCCGCUCCACCGCCUGCCUCUGCUCGCAUUGUGCAGCAACCUUUCCUCAGCCUCAUCAAGAACCAAUGGAAUGAAAAAUUGACCAGUUUAUACAGGAGCACUGGUGACUUCGAAGACCGGGCGAUGGAAUGGGGCAAACGAGUCUUGUACGGCGGGCCAAGCUCAUCUGAGCACUCGUGA